UCCAGUAUCUAGUUAGGUGUCCAGUAUCUAGUUAGGUGUCCAGUAUCUAGUUAGGUUUCCAGUAUAUCUUGGUCCAGCCCUGCUACCCAGUGCUCCAGUCUCUGCAGCCUAUACCCAGGCCCCUCCAGACCAGGUUUUCUCAGGUCCAGGUAUCCUUGCCAGGCCUACCGCCUAACCACCUCCAGAUAAGCCUUCGUGGCCUCCAUUUCUCUAGCCAGGUAGGCCCGCCAACCCCAGUACUCCAGUCUUGCUGCUCCACCCAGGCUCUUCCAGUCCAGGUCCAGCUAUCGCUGUCCGGCCCGGCCAUGGUUCUGUGUGAGGACAGGGAGUGUGGGGUGUGUUAUCAGCCCUACUCCCGUCAGGAUCGGAUCCCCGGGUGCUCCACUGUAGACACACCUUCUGUGCCACCUGCUUAGAGACCAUGUCCCAGCCCAAGAGUGACAUGGUCACCGUGUGCUGCCCGCUGUGCCGCCAGACCACCUGUGUAGGGCGCGGCCUCAGCCUUCAGGAGGCGCUGUGGGUCAACUCACGCCUCUGGGAAUACAUACCUGAGAGCAAAGAAGAGGAGGAGGAGGUGAAGGAAGAAGAGGAGGAGGAGGAGGGGAAGGAAGAAGAGGAGGAGGAGAGAGUGGAGGCUGACAGACAGACACAGGCCUCCUCACAGGCAGAAUGCCCUACAUCGAAGCGCUCUAGAAAAAUGCUGAAAUUUCCGGCCUUCUUCAGGAAAUUCAGUCUGACAAAACCACAGCAUCAAGAGAGUCUUGUGCCUGGUUGUGGCAACGUGGAGAUGAAAUCCUGGCGCAGGCUUCCAACUGCUGACACUUUUUAGGUCUCUCACGCGCUAGACGCAGGGAUGUGCUGUAUAAACAAUAGAGUGUUUACAGUUCCUCUCUGAUAUAAUAAUCUGCAUCUUUUGAACAAUGACGUGUAAGAUUACCAGUUGACACCCACAGUCAACGGGCAACACUGUUAAAGAACAGCUCAGAGACAGUUGGGUCUGUAUCCAAUAUGGCACCCUAGUCCCUACAGGCUCUGGUUAAAAGUAGUGUACUAUAUAGGGAAUAGGGUGCCAUAGGGCUCUGGUCUAAAGUAGUGCACUAUAUAGGGAAUAGGUUGCCAUAGGGCUCUGGUCUAAAGUAGUGCACUAUAUAGGGAAUAGGGCUCUGGUCUAAAGUAGUGCACUAUAUAGGGAAUAGGGUUCCAUAGGGCUCUGGUCUAAAGUAGUGCACUAUAUAGGGAACAAGGUGGCGUUUGGGACGUACGUUUGGAGAAGCCAGUACGCGUCCAUGUGUGUAUUGACUCUGACAAGAUAGCCUUCAUUGUUGAGAAGCAGUGAAACCGCCCCCAUUGGUCCUGUCUUCUUCCCCAUUGGUUAUUUUAGCUUUAAUUCCCCACAGCUGGUGCAGUGGGAUUUGGUUCAGCUGUCUCUAGGACAGACGUCCCAGUGGAAGCCAGGGUGCCCC